AUGACCUGCAUCGGCUGCGGCAACCCGCAUCCCUACGGCACCCAACACACGUCGCCCACGACCCAGAAUGCCUACACCCGUUCGAUGCCCAUGACCCACCAUGCCCCUCCGCCCCACCACUUGCCGCACGAGCACGAGCACCAGCAGUACUUCAUCUCGCCGCGUUUCGCGGCCCAGCACGAAGGGCCACAGCGCCAACGCCGCUCGUUGCCUCCACUCCCACCGCUCGCACCCCCCGCGCGGUACCACGGCUCGCUGCCGAACUCGCGCAACCCGAGCCCGUCGCAGAGCCCGACGAUCCUUGGUCCGCUCACACUCAACCUCAAACCGGCCGUGCCGAGCUACCCACUGCUCACGCCCUCAGGCCACGCGCUUAGCGCUGGCGGACGCGUGCGCAACAUCUCGGCCGACCCUAGCGCGCCGUGCAUCAUGUACUGGCCCGGUAACGAGCCCCUGCCCGAGAGAGGACAGAUCCGCCCGUCGGGGUCUGCAGUCAUUCAGUACCCGCCCGUCGUCAACACCGGCAACAAGGGCGCCGCUGAGAAGCAGCCCGGCGACUGGGUCUGCUCCAAGUGCCACUAUCUGAACUGGCGCCGCCGCAAGGUCUGCCAGACCUACGCGGAGGGCAACGGCGACUCCAUCUCGCAGGCCGUGCAGGCUGAGCGCAUCGCGCUCCUCACGAACCUGCUCGACCAGACGGAAGACACGCUCCAGCACACGCUCCAGCGCCGCGCGUCGGCGCCUCUCAACUCGGUGAGCUCCAUGAUGCAUAACAGCGCGUCGCCCUUCCCGUCCCGGCUCCCUCGCCACGCGCAGCUCACCAGCCUCGGCAACCAUUUCAACUGCGGUCCCGCUGCCGCCAGCCCGCUGCCCGCAUCGCGCUCGCGCUCGCAGCUAGAUCUCCACAUGCAGUACCAACAGCACCAGCAACUCCGGCAGCAAUGCGAGGCCGCCGCAGUGCGGCAGUACUCGCACGGCAUGGCACAGCGCCCGAUAUACCAGACGUCAGCGCACCACACCUCGCGCAGCUCGAGCCCGACACGCUCGUCGUACGGCGGCUGCUUGUCACGCGUGCCCAGCCCGACGGCGGCGUUCCUGCCGUCGUGUCUGCAGGACGUCAUCCACGCCGCGUCGCCCGUGCACUCGUCGCCCGCGACGUCGACGUCGAGCGCGGACCUGUCCUUCGACGACGGCGCGUACGACUUGGGCUUCGACGUCCCUGGCGGCGCGGAGACGGAGCCGCGGUUCCGCGCGCCCGGCGGCGCAACGCGCGCAAGCGCCGGCCGUCGCGUCUACGGCGCCCACCCGAGCGGGAGCACGAGCCAGGAGAGCAUCUGGAAGAUGGACGGCGAGGAGAGCAAGACGCUCCGGCCGUACGCACCCAUCCACAGCGAAUGCUUCGCGGAGCUCGCCGGACGCCUCGCGAGUGGGCUGUCGCUCGUGACGGCUUGA